GACCCGGUCACCGCCAACGCCGACGACGCGUCUUCCUCCCUGCCGCCAGUGCCCGGUAAUCUCUCCUCUCCUCUCCUCCAUAAAUAUAUACCAAAGUCGUCGUCUCCACUCUCCACCCCGGCCCGGUCAUCAUCCCAAACCCAUUCUCCAUCCCCCACCUCCACCUCCUCCGAUCCCAUCCCAUCGGCCUUCCACGAUGACGAAGGCGUCGCCGGCGCUGCGGGGCAGCCAGCUGAAGCAGCUGCGGUCCCUCUUCGACCGCUUCGACAUGGACGGCGACGGCAGCCUGACCCAGCUGGAGCUGGCCGCGCUGCUCCGGUCCCUGGGCCUGCGCCCCACGGGCGACGAGUCGCGCGCGCUCCUCCUCGCCAUCGACGCCGACGGCAGCGGCACCGUGGAGUUCGACGAGCUGGCGCGCGCCAUCGCGCCGGUCCUCACCGCCCACGCGCCGCGGCUCGUCGACCAGGCGCAGCUGCUCGAGGUCUUCCAAGCCUUCGACCGCGACGGCAACGGCUACAUCUCCGCCGCCGAGCUCGCGCGCUCCAUGGCCAAGCUCGGCCAGCCGCUCACGUUCGACGAGCUGCGGACCAUGAUGCGGGACGCCGACGCGGAUGGUGACGGCGUGAUUAGCUUCGGCGAGUUCGCCGCCGUCAUGGCCAGGUCCGCGCUCGACUUCCUCGGCGUCCCCGCCGCCUGAGAUGAUGGCCGGCCGGGCUCCGACCACUGAUCCAUUUCCCGUCCUCUUCUAUGAUUAAUUAAUUAGGAUCGCUGUGGGUGGUAGUAUGAUUUUUCUUCUUUGGUAGUAGUAGAAUUAGUCGUGGUAGGAUGCUUCAAGGACCAAAUCGGAUGAACUGUAACCAACUCAUACGGGAUUGCAACGUUGACCUGAAAUGUGUAUAAAUUUUGGUAAUUUGGUCGA